GCUGCAAAGACCCUUCUAAUCGCGCUGCGACCAUUGACGCCUGGGAGAGCCUGAUCAUUGACUACAUGGCUUUGCUGGAUAUUAAGAAUAUUCUAUACAGUUCUUGAGAUUCGAUUUACGUUUAACGUGCUUCUGGAGGAAGCCUUAUUCAUCGUGGUCGCAAUGGAGACCACCACUGUCGUCGCCCCACGGACAUGCAGUCGAUGCAAGGUGCGAAAGAAGAAAUGUGAUAAAAUGCUCCCAAGCUGUGGGCGGUGCAAUAGGCUAUCCAAGGAAUGCUCUUACGAUGAACUAUGGAAGGACCCAGAAGAUGGCAGGGCAGGUGAUCAAAAUAUCGAGCUGCGGGAAAGAUUGGCUGCUCUAGAAACCAUGGUGUCCGAUCUUUCCCAAGAAGUGAAAUAUUUAAGGAGCAAGCCGAAUUCUAGCACGGACGAUUCAUCUCCCCAGUCCCAAAGACAACAAGUGGUGAGCAAUCCAGAUCAUGUGAUUCAGAAGAUAAUGGACCAUACAACUACGGCUAUGGAAUACGGAAAUGUCAACGUCCUGGGUGUUUUUGAGACUUACUUUGAUACCAUCCACAACCGGCUACCAAUACUAUCGAAACAGAAGCUUUUGAUGGAUCUCCAGGCAAUGGAGACACCUAAUGACGAACUAGAACUUAUCAAGGGAGUAAUAAGCUUGCUUGUGAUAUAUCCAGACAACUUGGCAAGUCAGAGCACGUCUUUUCCUCUUUGGCAAUUGUACGAAGCAAGCAAAUCUCUAUUUUGUUUGAUUACUUCAGUGCAGAGCCCUCAGUUGAGGAGUGUCCAAGCCGGCAUACUAAUCUGCUACUACGAGAUCACGCAAGGUUGGCUCAAAGAGGCACAAAAUAGCCUCCGUAUAUGCACGAGGUCUGCUCAAUUGGUGCAACAGCUUGAGGAACUCUCACCGUCACCCUAUGAUGCUCACUCCCAGCACCAGUUUGAUUUUGAGAUUGAACCUAUUUUCUGGAGUCUAUCGUUGCUGCAAAGUUAUCUAUAUAAUAUGUCGUGCGAUGUGCUGGCGCAGAAUCCAACCAUGUCUCGAUUACAAUCAGAGGAAUUUUAUCUUGCGAAGAAGGAAAACAACGUCUCAUUUCCAAUACAGUAUUCUUCUGGGGGUCUUCUUCAGCCCUACCACGUACUGGAGAAGACGGCGGCAUCUCUCCUCGAUGAUGUAUCCAGUAUUGUCUACCCACAAGAUGAAUUCAGAUCAUCGCAAUUCCGUCAGGCCCUUGAACUCGAUUACAAAAUUACUGGCCUCAUUAUCGAGAUCAAGGGGCAACCUGAGCAUCCCUUGGUAGAUCAGACCGUUGGUGGUGAAUACGUUAUUUGUUUAUGGGCGCUCUACAAGCUGCAUUGCUCUCUUUACCAAAAAGCAGUCGAACUAAAUGACCACAAUUUUUCUGAACUGUCAAAGCUAAGUCUUCGACAGCUGUUCUCGGUUUCAGAGACCCUUUUUCAGGCUCUUAUUAGUGGAAUCAUAAAACGAGAGGUUGAUAUAAGAAUUCUCCCUCCGGCACUUUGUUGUGUUCUGCACUACAAUCUCAUUGCCAUGGAGCUUCUAAGCGAUAGAGCGCACGAAUCACUUGAUGGCCCCGUCAGAUAUCUGCUACAUUUAUUGUGUCAAAAAUGGUCACUUGCUGAAAUGUCACGGUUCCAACCCCAAGCUAGAUUGACACCGCGGAACGGGCAAAGGCAGUGAGGUUAUGCAACACUAAGGGAUCCCUAAGGAUCUUUAUGAGUUUCACAUCUUGGGAAUAAUUACACGAAAGGCUUUGUUGAUUGCUUUUUUGCAUACUUUUAUUGUUAGGUCUUUGUACAAAUUUAGCAGACAUGCUCCGUCAGGAAUCAUGCCCUGGAGCAAGCUCGCGCAGGCGUUGUGAGGGCUCAAUCAACAGUCAUAUUGGAAGCUAAGCACAAGAAAACCAAACAUAGAGAAAGAAAGAAAGAAGCUAGGAACAUGAGGCUAUCUGCAAACAAGAUGUAUUGUGUCG